UACCUUCUAUACAGUUUGCCGUACCUUCAAAAUAUGUAUAAUAUCAAUGUAUUGAAUCUUUUCCUUUCCAAUAUGAAUAUUUAUUAUGCAUACUUUAGUUAAGCUGAAAUUCAUUGUUAUUUUACAAAAUUUUUAACACUCACGAUCCUGCAGUACGGCGGGAAUAAGGAUAUUAAUACUCAGUCACUCACCACUGGAUACUGCAGCGAAUAUUGAGUUGCUUUGGAGGGGGAGGGGAGGAAUUACACCCAAUACUGUUGUGUUGAAUGGUCUUGAGACGUUACCGCUUGUGGCCUCACUCAUCUCACAUAACAACCCUCACUAUCACUAUUACUGUGAGCUAAAGUAAACUCAGUUCCUCUCUUGUUUCUCAGCACUCGAUAGGGACGAUGAGGCAUGAUGGGUCAAUGAUAACGGGUUUAUUAAAACAUGUAUUCACAAUAUUCACUACACAAGAAAAUAUCACCAAAUAUUCCCAACAAUUAUCCACAAUAAGCAGUCAACAGUAUUCACACACACACACGUAAGCCAGUGGAUUUAAACGUCCGCGAGUUUAUACCUUCACUCCGUCAAGGUCACAGAGACUGAAUUUGAAAAUGAAAAAAUAUCGCGCGGGAAAAAUCCUCGAGGUGCCAGAGGUACGACACAUUUAUUAUAGAUCUUCAUCCUAUAACUUGUAUUAUAUCCACAUUUCAUGCGUUCACAGUCGAUAUCUUUUUUAAUACAAAUCUGUAUCUUGAGGACGUAAUUGGGUGUAAUAAAAGUAUUUGAACUGUCAAUUGGGUCCAAGACCAUGAAUGUUAAUGUGAAUCUUUAACUAACUUCAACAAUAUACAGACGGGCACCAGCGCUUCCCGUCUGGACGGGCAAAAUAAAUUUCUUUCCCGUGUCAACGAGCAGCCGACGUCCACCAAAUGGGCCGGUAUGACAUCAUCGAUUGCUAUAUGACAUCGGGCUAGUAUGUACCUAGGAUAAAAUACUAGUAUUUUAGUCCUUGAGUGUGAACUGGCUUUAUUCUCUCCAUUAAUCUAUCUAUCUGUUUACCUGUACAUAUCCAUUAUUUAUUUUGGUUUUGAGUGAAACUAUAUAUAGUAGACUUACACCAUUAUUGAGUGCAGUUACUGACUCACAUUCAAACUUUGUUUAACCUUUACGCUUGUAGGUAGGCCCUAUUGUACUCACAAUUAUAUCAAGAUUGCAGUUACUCAAACCUAGACACAGGGGCGGAUCUAGGAAUAUCAAAAUGAGGGGGGAGGUGAAGUUGUGGGUGGGGUAACAUGGCGAGCAGUGCGAGCUAAUCCAGCUUUUUUUUUUAAUCUUGCUAAUAUCAUGGGCCUUUUGAAGCCAUGUACACUUGAUAUUAGUAUAUGUUCUGAGGUCAAUAGUAAUUUUCUGAUGAAAAUGGUACCCCUGGAUCCGACCCUGAGACUUUGUUUUGAGCAGAGCUUUAAUUUAUUAAAUCUACUUGGUUUUGAGUUUAGAUACUCAUGUCGACCCUCGCGAGACGGACAGUGGGGCUCUGUGGAGGAUGGAAGGUGGACGGGGAUGAUAAAAGAUCUGGUGGAUGACGUCGCUGACUUCGCUGUAGCGUCUCUCGAUAUUACACACGAGAGAAGCACCGCUAUAGAUUUUCUCCUGCCAGUCUCUCGUACACAGUACAGGAUGGUGAUGAAGAAACCCUCUACCAAUGACCAGACAUGGACGACCUUCACACAGGAGUUCCAUUUACACGUGUGGGCGGUGCUGGUGGCUUCCAUUGUAGUCUUCGCUAUCAUUUUGUACCUCAUCUCCAUCACUGAGAAGGGAAAAGAGAAAUUCCGCAUUUCCGACUCGGUCACUAUUGUCCUCGGAGCAUUGUGUGGUCAAGGAACUGAAGUCGAGUACCGAAGAUUGUCGUCCCGCCUGGUGCUGCUGAUAUUGAUGCUGCUGCAUGUGGUGCUGCUGGCUCACUACACCAGUAAUUUAGUCUCUGCCCUGGCUGUGGGACCUGCCCUCCCUGCUAUAUCCUCUAUCAGCGACGUCGUUAGAAGCUCCUCACUCUCCCUGGGCACUGUCAGGGACACUGCACCUCUAGAAUAUCUUAAGGUUUCCCCUAACCCAGACUACCAGUUGGCAUAUAAGAACAUGAUGGCAAAAAAAGAUCAUGUCCUUGUUGGGGACACACUGGAGGGAAUGCAGAAGACACUGAAGGAGAAUUACAUCUAUUUUGAUACAGGAAUUUAUGUGCUGAAUGCAGCCGAUUGUCGCCACUUAAUCCUGCCCAACGCUGUCUUUACCGCCAUCACCUCCUUCGCCCUCCAGAAAGGAUCCCCUCUUGUUCCUGUAUUUAAUCAAAUAAUCCUGAAGAUGAAGAUGACAGGGAUACUGCAUAAGUUGGAGCAGCAUUUUGGUCCACCUUACCACAACUGUGAUCAGACCCAAUCUGAGGCCACGGAGCUGGCUGCCGUUUUAACACCCUUCCUUCUCCUGAUUUUCGUGAUCGGACUGUCAAUUUGUUGUUGUCUUGCUGAGCAUCUGCAUCAAGAGGUAACCUCAACUUUAUCCCUCAAAAAACCAGGGAUAUCUCCCAAAUACCCCAAAAAUGCCUGUCACACAACCAAAGGCACUUAAAAAAGAUCAAGUGUUUUAUAUCAAGCACAGGUAGUCACAGGAUCAUCAGCUCAAUGAUUGAGUGACGGUAAACACCCUGGGCUAUGGAUGUGGUGUCUUUAGGAACCUACUGUAGACCUAGCAGCAUUUGAGACAACUGAUAAAUACACAUCACAAAUUGUUUAGUUUUACCCUGUUAUCAAGAAAGUUUUUGGAAUAUUAAAUAAAGCAUAUACUGUACAGUACAGUAUAGCAGACACAAUAAGAUGUAUAAUGUACUGUUACAGAGCUCUGUGUAUUUGUGGUACAAGUACAAUUUCUGUAGCCAUUUGCUUUUUAUAGAGGAAUAAUGAAGAUUUGGACACACAUGCACAUAACCUUUGUCUACAUGAAUAUAAUCAAAUAUAGUAAUCUCCCCAUUAGCUGGAUUAAUUGGUUUCCAGAUUUGAGAGAUUUCUAAGUACGGCAUUGAGAAAAAUUUUCUUAUCCCGAAAAUAAUGCACAUCUAUGGAAUUUUUUCCGGGCACUGGUGAAUGAUUCCAUGUCUAAACUACGCUGCUAUGAAGGCUUAACUUCAGUCAGACAGACACAGAGCUGUAUUUAUUUAUGCAAACACUGCUGUACACAUAAAAUAAAUUUUAAUUAAACAAAAUAUACUGUACUACUGUACUGUACUAUACACUAAACUGUACUCACCAGCAGAUGCUGUUGCCUUGAGCUUGUGAUGCAGGCAGGCCAUAUGGUGAUAUGAUGAUACAGGAUUGCUUGCCGUUCUCCUGUAGCAGGUGUUGCUAACUACCACUCUUCUCUCCCUCCAUGAAGGAGGGGAUGUACAGACACUGUAAACUGUCCUUUCACCCUCUACACAAUAGCCUAGAGUAUGCAUACACUGUCCACUGCUACAUACAGUACUGUACAUAUGGUACUGUCACACUUACUGAAUAUAGAGCACAGCAAACAUAACUGUAGUCACUUUUUACAUCUUGACACUGAAUUAACAAUAUUCUUGGCUGAUUAUAUCCUGGUACAGUAAUGUACAAUACUGCACAACACAGAUCGUAUGCGCCAACAGCAGCGAGGGAGCAAACAAGCUUGUACAAUGGCAGCAGACAAUAAACUAAGAGUGUCAUGACACUAGAAUUUGAAAAGAUAAGCUGUGAGAUACAUCAAUCAAUCAUAGGCAUCCCAUGCAGUCACAUGAUAGUACAGUAGUAGUCAAUUGUACCUCAUAGCCUCGGUAUUUGUAACCCUGUUUAUCCGCAAUCAAUUUAUUGUUACCCAUUUCCACUAUUCGCAAUGGUUGCCCCGUUUAUUCGCAAAUUCUUACGAGCAAAAAUUUUGAACCGAGCGCCUCAACCAUAGAGUAGGACAGCACGUGUACGUAUUCCUCCGCCAUACACUCCUUCUCUCAAGCCCGCCAUAAGCUCCCGCUCGUCUCAGUCUCACACGUGCUGGCUUGUGUUUUGUGUGAUCUCGCAAUGCCUAAGCGACCAGCUAUUAAAUCUCCCAGCAAUGUUGCUAAGAGAUCACGUGUGGCAGUUACGUUGGACGUGAAAUUGGAUAUCUUAAAAAGACAUGAACACGGAGAAGGAAAGACUGUGAUUGGAAGAAAAUGCCUUCACGGACCUACAUAUCUAAGGAGGAAAAGACCACACUGGGAUUCAAAGUUGCCAAGGACUGCCUCACUCUAUUGAUUGGUGGAAAUGCUGAGGGUGACCUGAAGUUAAAACCUCUCCUUGUGGACCGGUCUGAAACACCCUAUGUUUUGAGGGGGGUUGUGAAGAGACAACUUCCUGUCAUCUGGCGCGGUGUGACAGGGUCUGUGAUGCACGAUUGCAUGUUCAACUAUGUGUCCGGUCGCAUUAGUCGCUAUAAUAAGGGAAUUAAUUUUGAUGAUAAAGCUCUGAUGGUGAUCCACAAUGCACCAGGUCAUCCACCAGCUAGGUUGACUGGUGUAAGAACAUUAAAGUUGUGUUUUUGCCUCCCAUCACCAUGGCUUUGCUGCAACCCAUGGAACAGGGCGUCAUAUCUACAGUGUAUCAUGGAGCAGCUGAUUGAGAGGAUCGAUGGAAAAGGAAACCUACAAUCUGGGAGUUGUGGAAAAAACACUACAAUAUCAGGAAAGCCAUAAAAAAAUAUCAGUGAUUCAUGGGAGGCAAUAACACAACAGAACAUGAACGGUGUGUGGCGUAAGCUGUGGCCCGAGUGUGUGCACAACUUCGUUGGUUUCCCUUCAGUGCCUGCAAUAAGGAAGACUAUUGUGACUUGCAAAGAAGGCUGAAUUCAAUGAAGUGGAUGACGCUGAUGUAGAAGACCUCCUCGACUCUCACAAUGCAGUACUUACCAAUGAAGACCUGACAAAACCGGAGAGGCUUCAGCAGGAAGAAAUGCCACUUGCAAUGGGAGAAGAUGCAGAUGAAACUCCAACAUAACUCCUCACUGUACAAAACCUAAGGAAGCUUAUUUCUUGAUUUGAGAUGGCGACGGAUAUGGCAUUAGAAAUGAACCCUAAUGUUGACCGAAGUUGCACUAUCAUCCGCAAUGUCAAGAAAGACAUACGAGCAUACUAUGAGGUGCUUGAGGAGAAGGGUGAAGAAUGUGCAACAAAUGACUCAUGAUGCAUUUAUUGCGGCCAAACCUUCAACCCCAAGUGCACCAACCACCCCACCUAAAUCCGAACAGAACACAGCUUUUAAGCAGCUGUUCAAGACCAGUGUAAAACCACAGCCUUCAACCAGUGGAGGACAACAGUUUUCAGUGCAAAUUGACAGCUAUAAUGAGAGUGAGGUGGUUGACGACCCUGGCAGUGAUAAUGAGAGUGAGGUGGCUGACGACCCUGGCAGUCAGGAGAGUGAGUUGGCUGACUAUGCUGGCAGUAAGAAGGAGAGUGAGGUGGCUGACAACCCCAGCCUCCUUUUACCCCCAGUAAACCUUCACCCUCUCCCCUAAUGCCAACUUCAGCAUGCAAGCAACACAGCACAUCAGAGGUAAAUUAACAGUACUGUAUGUUUAAAACUUACCUCACACACCUACGCACAUAAACAUUCAAACACUCAAAUAUGUAAAGUAUACUGUACUUGUAAACGUAUAUGCCUAAUAAACUCAAAGUGUUUGUUA